AUGUCCGGCCAGAGCUUGACGGACCGAAUCACCGCCGCCCAGCAUAGUGUCACCGGCUCGGCCGUAUCCAAGACAGUAUGCAAGGCCACGACCCACGAGAUCAUGGGGCCCAAGAAAAAGCACCUGGACUAUUUAAUUCAGUGCACAAAUGAGAUGAAUGUGAACAUCCCACAGUUGGCAGACAGUUUAUUUGAAAGGACUACUAACAGUAGUUGGGUGGUGGUCUUCAAGUCUCUCAUUACAACUCAUCAUUUGAUGGUGUAUGGAAAUGAGCGCUUUAUUCAGUAUUUGGCUUCAAGAAACACGUUGUUUAACUUAAGCAAUUUUUUGGAUAAAAGUGGAUUGCAAGGAUACGACAUGUCUACAUUUAUUAGGCGGUAUAGUAGAUAUUUAAAUGAAAAAGCUGUUUCAUACAGACAAGUCGCAUUUGAUUUCACAAAAGUGAAAAGAGGGGCUGAUGGAGUUAUGAGAACAAUGAACACAGAAAAACUCCUAAAAACUGUACCAAUUAUUCAAAAUCAAAUGGACGCCCUUCUUGAUUUUAAUGUUAAUAGCAAUGAACUUACAAAUGGGGUAAUAAAUGCUGCCUUCAUGCUCCUGUUCAAAGAUGCCAUUAGACUGUUUGCAGCAUACAAUGAAGGAAUUAUUAACCUGUUGGAAAAAUAUUUUGAUAUGAAAAAGAACCAGUGCAAAGAAGGUCUUGACAUAUAUAAGAAGUUUCUGACUAGGAUGACAAGAAUCUCCGAGUUUCUCAAAGUUGCAGAGCAAGUUGGAAUUGACAGAGGUGAUAUACCAGACCUUUCACAGGCCCCUAGCAGCCUUCUUGAUGCUUUGGAACAACAUUUAGCUUCCUUGGAAGGAAAGAAAAUCAAAGACUCUACAGCUGCAAGCAGGGCGACAACACUUUCUAAUGCAGUCUCUUCCUUGGCAAGCACUGGCCUAUCUCUAACCAAAGUGGAUGAAAGGGAAAAGCAGGCAGCGUUAGAGGAAGAACAGGCCCGUUUAAAAGCUUUAAAGGAACAGCGACUAAAAGAACUUGCAAAGAAACCUCAUACCUCUUUAACAACUGCAGCCUCUCCUGUGUCCACCUCAGCAGGAGGCAUAAUGACUGCACCAGCCAUUGACAUAUUUUCUACCCCUAGUUCUUCUAAUAGCACUUCAAAGCUGCCAAAUGAUCUGCUUGAUUUGCAGCAGCCAACUUUUCACCCCUCUGUACAUUCUAUGUCAACUGCUUCUCAGGUAGCAAGUACGUGGGGAGAUCCUUUCUCUGCUACUGUAGAUGCUGUUGAUGAUGCCAUUCCAAGCUUAAAUCCUUUCCUCACAAAAAGUAGUGGUGAUGUUCACCUUCCCAUUUCUUCAGAUGUAUCCACUUUUACUACUAGGACACCUACUCAUGAAAUGUUUGUUGGAUUCACUCCUUCUCCAGUUGCACAGCCACAUCCUUCAACUGGCCUUAAUGUUGACUUUGAAUCUGUGUUUGGAAAUAAAUCUACAAACGUUAUUGUAGAUUCUGGGGGCUUUGAUGAACUAGGUGGACUUCUCAAACCAACAGUGGCCUCUCAGAACCAGAGUCUUCCUGUUGCCAAACUCCCACCGAACAAGUUAGUAUCUGAUGAUUUGGAUUCAUCCUUAGCCAACCUUGUGGGCAAUCUUGGCAUUGGAAAUGGAACUACCAAGAAUGAUGUAAACUGGAGUCAGCCAGGUGAAAAGAAGUUAACUGGAGGAUCUAACUGGCAACCAAAGGUUGCACCAACAACUGCUUGGAGUGCAGCAACGAUGAAUGGCAUGCAUUUUCCACAAUACGCACCCCCCGUAAUGGCCUAUCCUGCUACGACACCAACAGGCAUGAUAGGAUAUGGAAUUCCUCCUCAAAUGGGAAGUGUACCCGUAAUGACACAGCCAACCUUAAUAUACAGCCAGCCUGUCAUGAGACCACCAAACCCCUUUGGCCCUGUAUCAGGAGCACAGCUGUCGGCAGCAUCCAGCCCCUCCAGUCACAGUCCUCACAGAGCUUCAGGAAAGGAUCCUUUUGCAGAGCUCUCUUUGGAGGAUUUCUUAUAAAUCACUUUAGGUAUUGCUGCUUGUUGGGGGCAAUGGGGACUUAAAUACUUUUAAAAAAUCACCAUACAUUAAGCACUAUUCACUCUUCCCCUUCUUUGUUUCUUUAAAGGACUCUAGGUUCUCCUGUCCUCCUCCUCUGUUUUUUAGGUGAUGAGUAAAAAUAAGUCAAGAUAGGAUAUGAGGAGAAGCAACUUUUGAGGAAUGUCUUUAACAUAAUUGGAAGGUGUGAAAUCAGAGGACCAUCUUUCAUGUUUAUAUAUAAGCAUCCACUGCUCAGAGCAGAUGAGAUCAAAAACCACCUUUAAAAUCUGGAUGUUUCAGUCACUCUUGAAAAAAAAGUUGUGGAGAACAGCACAGUUUUCCCCAUCGGGUCAGAACUUGAUGAGGAGUAUCAUUAGGUGUAGUAUGAUGGCCCGGGUUAGUUGUGAAGAAUCCAUUUCAGCAAUUUCUUUAAAGGGUUGUAUUUUUAUGUAUGCCUUUUCAUUUAGAAAUGGUAAUAUUUUUAAAAAAACAGUUUUUGUUUUUGGUUUUAUUUAAGGACAAGUGCAUACUUAAGCCCUUUUCAGUAGAAGGAUACUGCAUAUGGUCCAUACUGUAAUUUGUUCUUCUUGGUGUGCUAGCCCCCAGGUUAAAUACAUCUUCUAGAUCUUUGGGAGUUUGUGCUCUUCUGAUUUGACAAGUUUAUUAACAUAUCUACUUCAGUAAUUUCUUUGGCUGGACAAUUUAAGGGAAAUCAUGAGUGAAGUAUCUUUGAAUGAACAGUGACACGCUAUUGAAAAGUGCUCCUUUAUAGAUCUUGCACAUUUUACCUUAGUAGGGAAAUGAUUUAGCAAGCAUAUCACUGUUUUCUUUUUAUCUCUAAUCUUAUGUUAUAAAUUUGGAAAUAAUAUUUGAAAUUUUGCUUUGCCAAAUGAGAUUUCAUGUGGAAUAUUUGUGCUCAUGGAAAGAUUUUCUAAACUUGUCAUAGAAAAGUAGUUCAUUCAUCUUCUUUCUUCCCUUCUCCAUGUCUUCCCCCUCGGUUUUUAGUAAUUAGAAAGGUUUCUGGAAAGCUCCAUAAUUACGCUUCAGAUAUUAAAUUCUGGCACAGGUAAUUCUGACUUUGUUUUAUAAUCAAGGUUUGUAAUAAGCAUGCUGUGAACACUUCUGGGCCAGUGUUCCGAACAGUUUUUAUUUGUGAGAAUAUGUCCUAU